AAUACCCAACAUCGGAGAGGAGCCAGUCCCCUCGCCGCAUGCCAGCAUAUCUGGCAGGUCUUGGGGACACAAGAGGGCCAUUCAAUCUCGGAUUUUUCUCCGAAGGCCAGCCUGAAUUGUGCGACGGGUGCAUGAUUUCUGCGGCAGCACAGCAUUUCUCGAAAACCCUGCCGAGUAUCAGUGGCCCCUUGCCCUCCCAGCAUCCAUAUCUCUGGUGCACGAACCGAUACAAUGGCGCCUGCAAGGAAACACAAAGACGCAGAAAGUCGGACACGUCAGACUUCGCAACCACGCGGUCGCGGCGGGGCGAGUAGCAGCACUGGUAUAACAGUGCAACAACGUCCUGAACCCUGUGGCUUGAUUUUACCGGUCGAAUUGCAACAGCUGAUUCUGGACGCUUUUCGUCGGGCAUUUCCAUUCAACCACGACCAAGUCGAGUUGGACGCCACCAUCCAGGAGGUCAAAGGCCACCUGUUCCGGCGUGACUUUGUUCGUGCAUUCGCCAAGCCAGAGUACCUUGAGGCAUAUGCACUCAGGUGGAGUGCCAGCCGUGCCCUAGGGUACACGAGCAUUUUCCUGCACGACGAUUUGCAAAGAGUAUGGGAUGGGCUCGCCGAAACUGCGACCACGGCUCCGGACACGAACGCGAGUCUGUCGUCGACAGGAGCACAUCUUUCACGUGCGACCGGCGCUUGUAGCGUAGUUUGCAUUGGAGGUGGCGGAGGCGCAGAGGUGGCUGCAUGUGCGGCCACAGCACGAACACGCCAACUAACAUCAGGCAGACUGGUUGUUCAUGUUGUCGAUAUUGCAGACUGGUCAGCUUGCCUUUCGAAAAUAGAGGCCGCACUGUGCACGCCGCCGCCGUUGUCAACUUAUGCAGCUGAGAGCGCCAAAGCGGCGAAUAAACCCUUCACAACAAGUGAUGACUUCUCCGUCCGAUUCUCUCAGCAUGACAUCCUCGCCAUCGAUGAGGCUGAUUUGCAGAACAACACCGUGGCUGAGGCAGAUCUCUGUACAAUCAUGUUCACGUUAAACGAGCUCUUCACGGCCUCCAUCGCACGCACGACAGCAUUUCUUCUGGCGCUUACAGAUGCCAUGUCGCCAGGCUCGUGGCUCCUGGUGGUGGAUAGCCCGGGGAGCUACUCUGAAGUGAAAGUGGGAUCUGGAUCCAGUGCUAUCCAGGGACGAGGAGAAGAGGACGGGAACGCGAACAACAAGACAAGGCGGUACCCAAUGAAAUGGUUGCUGGAUCACACGCUUUUGGAAGUUGCUGGCAAGGAAGAAGACUGCAACCGCAAGUGGAGGAUGUAUGUCUCUGAAGACUCCAGGUGGUUCAGGUUGAGUCAGCUGCAGCCGCUGAAGUACCCCGUGGAGCUGGAGAAUAUGAGGUAUCAGAUUCAUCUCUAUCAGCGAAUACAGCCGGGGAAAGGAACUGGCUAAUACCUAUCGCUGGCCAAGCACAAGGAACGGGGCUUGCAGUUUCUAUUUUGCUGACAUUGGGCUAUGGCGGGAAGUUUUCUAUCACUGUAUGAAACAAGGAGAAGUAUCAUUGGUGACUUGCCGAGACGAUGCUUGACAUGAUGACGCCCAAAUGGAAGCCAUUGACCUCUCUUUAUCGUCUCGGGGAGCGAGGCAAGGCAGAAGUGCAGGCUCAAUAUCAGAGCCCUUCUGAUUCGACUUCAGGGGCAUAUUGAGACAUCACCGCCCAUGCUCCUGGUCUGAGGUGUCGAUCAAUGAUGCAUACACUCUCUGGCCUGUCAUGACUCCUUCCACCUCAGAUGUUGGGAAUUUUGACAGCAUGACGAUACCUUGUGCGGCUCGCUGUGCAUCAGGUCAUCUGAUUUAAUCCUCAUCCUCAUCACCCUCGUCGUUAACGACGUUGAAGAAACGCAACUCGUAGACGCCCUUGGAUGUCGAGACCACGCGGAGCCAAUCCCGGAGUUGUUGCUUCUUGAGGAAUUUCUUGGUCCUAAUUGAGCGUCACGCAAUUCUCGUUAG